ACUCUGGUAAGUCAACAGAGUUACCUCUGGUAACUUUAUUUUAUGUUUUAUUUGCACAGAAAAGCACUGCCUUGUAGGUAAGUGUAGUUCUUCUCCUAAAGAAGUUAUAGCAGCUUAUGUAUUCAGUGGUGUAAGACUGCAACACAGACAGCUCAUUGACCUGUGUCUCCCAGUAUGGCCACAGCUCCAGUAGGAGAUUAUUCACAUGCUGGAGCAAUAUCUAGCAUGGAAAACAACACUGACCUCCACCCUUGGUGGUCAGUAGUCUCUCUGCUGGCCAAGGACUGUUUAUCACUUCUUUUCAACACUGGAAAGACUAUUUUUUACUUGUGGUAACACUACAUUUAUUUCUGAAUCUCCUCUUGUAGUUUGCAUGAAAAAAGCUUUGCUUACAAUUGUGAUUCAGAGCUGUGAUAAGGCAUGAGCAGUUUCAUAUCCUAAUUUUUGAUUCCUUCACAUAAAUUUUCUGCGCCUCCAGUGAUGCUGAAAAUACAAGCAGCUCUUGUACACUUCUGAGGACUAGUUAAAAUAAAUUUGAUGGCUGCAGCUAAGCCUCCCAGUAGCCAUCUGUUCAUAUCCCUCCUCAAAUCCAGGGUUAGAAGACCAGGAACAUUUCUUCUGUAAUAAGAGACCAAGAAUUUGCAUGCCUCUUUUAACUCUGUUCUUUUCAGAGCUCUCGCACUCCUGUGAAGGACAGCAAAUUCAUCCAACUUUAGAAACUCAUUCUCAGAACAAACCAGCAAAAAACCUUCUGUCAUCCUAGAGUGUGUGGUGUCUACUUUCCUGGUCUCUACCUCAUCCAGUCUCACCAGGAGAGUGUUUGCAGGUGAAGAUGAACAGUGGAAUUCUCUUAUUGCCUCUCCUUGGGUUCCUCCCACUCGUGAUACCUACAUGCCCUGUGCCAUGCAAGUGUACCACCACCAUUAUCGACUGCACUUCAAAAGACCUAACUCUAGCAAAACUACCUGUUGCUUUCCGCCCUUCAGCUGAAAUUAUCCACCUUGGUUACAACAAGCUCACCUCUAUUCCCAAUGGACUCUUUGACAAUCUAAAGAGCCUUCAGGUUGUCUACCUGCAGGGCAACCCUUGGGAAUGCAACUGCGACAUCCUCUACUUGCGCUCCUGGCUCCAGUGGCAGCAGAACCGGACCUUAUACAGGGAUGUGAGAUGCAGCUCCCCAGCUCACCUGCAGGGCCGGAUCAUUGCCUAUCUGACAGAAGAUGAGAUCAUUGCCACAUGCCAGUACUGGUACUGCAUCCUGGCUCUCCUCUCUCAGCUCUGUCUUUUCAUCCUCCUUUUCCUCCAGGGUGUCUUUAUUAUCUUCAUCAUUGUCUACCUUCAGAAAUUUCGGAGAAUGACUGCUGAAGCUCAGAGCACCACCCAAGAUCUACACCAGCAUGUAGACACAUGGGCAUCUUCAAGAAGCCCUUACAAUGGUGAUUAACAUCACAAGACUGAAGACCCUCCUCCCCCUUGGGUGAUGCUGUGCGAAGGUCUUGUGGUUUGUGAUAUCCAGAGGGAGCAAUUCGGUGCAGGAUCUGACCCUGACUGCCAUCCAAAACAGGAUUGGACCUGAUCAGACACUUGCUGUAUUUCCAAAGACCUGAUCUUGUGGGUUUUUACUGCUUUAAAUUCUUUAGCAUGAUCUUUAUUGCUUUGAUGAGCUCGGGGUGGUUCUGGUUUGAUAGACUAAGGAAAUCAUCAACUACAGCAACCAGAACUGACUCAUAACUGUAGGGCCUGUAGUGCUUGAUCCUUCCUGUGCUAGCAUAUUUCAGCCAUAUUUUCACAAUGCUUCUGGUUGCACUCGAUCAGGUGAGAAUAGAGGUGGUCAGUGAACAGUUGAGGUACUGGACUAAGGCAGUGGAGAAAUACAGUUUCCUUGGUGCGACCACAGAUUGCCUUAGUAAACUUUGACAAAUUGACUGAGUCUUCUCCUGUCUCAGUUUCCCAUCAGUAAAAGGGAAAGGAUGCUUCUUCUUGCUUAAUACAUCUUUCCUAAUGUUCUUCUGGAGGAGGGAGGAAUUGUUUAGAAGCCUACCCUUUUCCCCCUGUCUUCAUUCCUUUUAAUCUAUGUAUAGUUUCUAUACUGAUUCCAACAUACACUGUGUCAGACUGGGGCCCUGAGUGUUUGUGAGACAUUCACCUGGAGCCAAGUGGUGUUGAACCUGGAGUCUCCCUCUGAUUGUGUUUAUAUGGCACCUGGCACAGGAGAUCUGGUCUU